AUGAAAAAGGGGUACGAGGGGGAAGCAAGUUUGGAAGGACUUAUCAAGUUUGGUACACUUGCUCUCCAAUUACUACCAAGAAACGCCCUCAAAGGUAUAGUGGUACUGACAGAUGGUGUGAUGGGGUUCUCCUCCCCCAGUAGCAUGCACAAUGCAGUCAACCAGAUGAGAGGGGCCAACAUCUCCUGUUGGGUCAUUCAGGAUAAUAUUAUACAAGACAGUGAGGUCGGAGGACGUUCGGAGCCGUCUGCAGCCUUCGGUCUCAUGCCAGACUCUGAGACUCUCAAGUUCCUGUCCCUCGCUUGCAAUGGAUGUGUCAUACAACCACACAAGGUGUUGGAAGUGUCCAAGAAGUCCCUCCCAACAGGAUCUCUCAACGUUCUCCAAGAGGCCGUUCUUAUGUGGUCCUACCAACAGACGGCCCACGCCCGGCGAGUGGCGGCGUGGUCGACGACUCCUGGGGGGCGGGGCAGGUCGAGGAAGAGGAGGAGCACUUUUCUCCGACAAUCUACCGGCAGUUUGACAAGAACACAAUCCAUGCCCCCCUACUCUGACUCAACUGUGGCGGUGGCAAUGUACUAUCCCUGGCAGGCCAGCGUCAACAUCUACUACACAAUUCAAUCGCCGUGGCCCCUCUCUGAAGCCAGCACAGCUCUACACACUACCAUCUCCUACGACGGCCCAUACUCCUUUGUUCAUGACAUCCACUGCAACCUCAACGAACCCAUCACCUCUUACUACAGAGCCGCUGCUGUACGAAAGUUCAAGCAAGUCUUAAAAUCCCAGUCUUAUUCUGACACGUUCCUGGCUCACUUCCUGUCCUUCUCGGCCACGCCCACCUACCACACCCUCCCGCAAAAGAUCCAGGACGGAAUGCCUCUGUUCCACCUCCCGCCAAACCAGUCAAAACCGGUUCCUGCCGUCAGCCUCUCUUCGUCUGGCGACAAAAAAAAGAAGGAAUCGGCUCUUGUGAAUUUCUGGUCCCCACUCUGUACGAUAGACACCAACCUGUGGUACCGAUGGUUCCACACUGACAAGAUCAUCCUCAUCCUCCACCAAGACACCUAUCUCCCUCGCAACCUCCUCUCUCCCUCCACCAACCACCGCUUCGCCACCGUGCAGUGCCGCAUCGCAGCCUCCAAACUAUUCAACUACCUCAAAACCUGGUCCUCCUUUGUUCUCCUAGACAGCCAGUCGUUCAUUCGUUUUCUUCCGACGACCGGGUCACCCCUGUAUUUCUCCCUCGUUCGAGUGGCUCAGAAACACCCGUGCAUCGUGUUGCACGUCGGGCACAUUGAGGGCACGCCGCACAGUCUGCAGGUGGAGACGGUGAGAGAGCUACAGGAGGCGCUGCUGGGGCUGAAUGUGGAGAGGGUCCAGCCGUCCAAGAGGAGUCGUGGUUCUGGGAACGCGAGGGGAGGGAAGGCGGCGAAACCGUGCGCCUCUCUUGUGAAGAAGCAGCUCCAGAGGGUCAUGAUUAGGUACGAUGGAGGAGCUGGGGCCCCAUACCAGUCCACUGCCAUGUCCCUAACCCAGACUGGAAUGGAGACAGAGAGACUGGUUCAGAACGACUACCUCACUGGUACCGCCUGGCAGUGGAUCGUACCUCACUCCCUCCCCACCCUCCUCACCGCUCUACUCAGGGCCCAGUCAGGGAUUGUCACUCUCACUGCCCAGCUCUACCUGACCCAGCCCCACUCCCACCACUCCCUGCCCAUGCUCCUCCAAUACAUCAUCUUCCCUCUCGCCACCAACAACUCCGCCUCUUUCUCCUCUUCCUCUGCAGUCGCAGGGGUCGGCGGAGGUCAUCCGACCUGCGAGUUGUGGGUGGAGCCACAGUAUGGAACGGUGACAGAGGUUCCCGCCGGUCUCCAGUACAUUCUAGGCUCAACCCACUCUGAAAUUGCCGAUAAGCAACUCUUUGAGAAACUCAGAGAAUUGGCCCCGACUGCAGUUCCGCUCUCAAACACUCCUCUCUCUUCCUCUGCCGACCCUUCCUCCUCUCUCUCCCCCUCCUCCUCCUCCUCUCCCUCUUCUUCCUCCUCCCUUAUCCAACGACUGCUUUCCUCUGAAAACCUCAGAGAAUUCUGCCAACUCUGUGACAUCGGGGGAGAAGACAAGAGCGACAUGGGAUGGCGAUGUCUAGCCAUGACCCCCAGCGAAGAAGAAAACACUGUCUGUUUUUUCUUGGUUACUGACGUCUUCGUCAGAGGAUCUGCAACCAAUUUCAAUGUGGGGAACAAAAUAGAGGAAGAAGGAGAGGAAGAAAAAGAUGGAGGAGAGGGAGAACGAAAGGAAGAGGAAAGACGAGAAGAAGAAAAAGAGAAAGAUGAUUUGCCUUCUGAAGUGUUCUUUCUCCCUCUCCUUCUCCUGCACUGUGACCAGGAUAUUCUCAUGGACCCUGACCCUGCCACGCCCACUCCUCCCACGCUUCUCCCCGAUAUCUUUCAGCACCUGACGUUCGCUCUCUCCCACUCCCCUACUCCCUCCUCCACACAGGCUCUUUCCACGUUAGCCACACCCAUUACCACGCCCAUUCCAAGCCCGCAGGCCUCAAUCGAUACCAAUGCAGUCAAGAAACUCUCCCGACCCACUCGCAAGACUCUACUCUUCCUUGGCCAACGAAAGCCUCGGAAAACUCGAGGACACACUGGGAAGGAAGGUUCAAACUCUGGAGACAAGUCAGAGGUUGAUGAAAGUACUGCGUCUGUCUCUACAGACGGCCAAGAAGACCGAAACUCAUCGUCUACUAGUCAAAGAAUCGAAGCUUCCAGCGAUGGGGCUGCAACAUUGGGUGUUUCUGAAGAACGCCUCCAAUUUGUGCCGGAGACCCUCACACGACUCAUCCAACAAGCUUCGUCGUGCUCUACCGAUCCAGUACGGUCAUCCUCGUACAGACUGGAGCUCGUCGAAGAGUUCAACGAAGAGGGAGAAACUCUCGAACAGGUCCCGCACUGCGUUCAGUGGGAGGGCGAGCCACAGCGGGUCUUUCUCGACCAUCUCUCCGAGGCGGGGUUUGAGACUGUCCCCGACUGCCCGGGGUACUUCUGGCUGCGAGGGGACGACGCAGAAUCUCCGAGGAAAGCCAAGAAGUUCAGGAGAGGUGGAGAGGAAGAUGGAGAAGCUGUGCUCUCCUCGUCGAGUGAGGCCUCCACCAUCAAGAGGAAGCAGUCCCUCACCACCGAGAACACUACAUGGCAAACUGGAGAAUCA